AGCCAUUUAGGAUAGACACAACGAAAAGAAAAACAAAGGAGAAUAGACAUAUAACAAGUGAAAGGUUAUCAAUGGAGAGAGUUGUUAAGCUGUGCUUGGUUUUGCUGGUCUCUGUGGUGGUCUCCGCUGCGGCGCAGAGCGCUUCCAACGUGAGGGCUACAUAUCAUCUGUAUAAUCCUCAGAAUAUCAACUGGGAUUUGACGGCGGCGAGUGCUUACUGCGCCACCUGGGAUGCAAGCAAGCCGCUGGAGUGGCGAAAGAAGUAUGGGUGGACUGCUUUUUGUGGCCCCGUGGGAGCUCAUGGCCAGCCAUCUUGUGGCAAGUGUCUAAGGGUUAAAAAUAGGGAUGGCGGAGCCCAAGAAACGGUGAGGAUCGUUGAUCAAUGUGCCAACGGAGGGCUGGAUUUGGACGUGAACGUGUUUAAUCGUUUGGAUAAAAACAAGCAGGGAUACGCUAAGGGGCACCUCAUGGUUGACUACCAAUUCGUCGCCUGUUAAUUAAAACCACUCCAAUAUUCUCAUGCCAUUAACAACUAUGUUGUGUUGUAGAAUAAAAGUGGCCUGGAUGAGCUUUUUGUGACGAUUUGUAUCAAAAAGUAAUCCCGUAUUGUAAUAUAUACAAUAAUAAAAGGCAAUGAGAAAUAACCCCGUAUUAUGCUAGAAUAAAAGUCUGAGCUUUUGUGACGA